AUGGGGAGCAUCAUGCCUUCCGCCGAGGACUACAAGCCGACCUUCAAAACACCAUGGAUUGAGACUCCCCUCGUCGAGUCCGCCAACCUUUCCCGGGCGGCUGGAUGCCGUAUCUUCCUGAAGCUGGAGAAUGUCCAGCCCAGUGGUUCUUUCAAGUCUCGUGCGAUGGGCAACCAGAUUCUAUCCCAUCUUCGCAAACCCGAAUACGCCAACCGUCGAGUCCACUUCUACGCCUCUUCCGGUGGAAAUGCUGGUCUGGCAGCUGUCUGUGCUGCUCGCAGCCUGGGCUACCCUUGCACUGUUGUGGUGCCUCUAUCUACCAAACCCCUGAUGGUUGAGAAGCUGCACUCCGCGGGCGCUGCGGAUGUCCUUCGUCACGGUGACAACUUCUUCGAGGCGGGCUCCUAUAUGAAGGAGACUAUCAUGAAGCAACGCUCCGAGGAAGAUCCCGAAGUUGCCAACAUCGCCCUUCACCCCUUCGACAACGAGCCCAUCUGGGAAGGAAACAGCACCAUCAUCGACGAGCUGGAGAAGCAACUCCCCGUCGCUGCCAACACCGAUGAAGAGGAAGUUUACCGCGGGCGGGCACUUCCUCUGGAUGCCAUUCUCUGCAGUGUCGGAGGUGGCGGUCUCCUCAACGGACUGGUCAUGGGCCUCGAGAAGCGACGAUCCCAGAAGGCAAUUACCCAAGAUGGCCAAUCCAGCACUGGUCACUGCUAUAUGGACGUCUCGAACGCCGAAUCGGAAACCUACACUCGUCCAACAUCUUCCAAGCCACGCCCCAUUCACCUUCUCGCUAUUGAGACGGACGGCACCGACUCGCUCGCCGCCGCCAUCGCAAAGAACACCCUUGUCUCUCUCCCUAAGAUCACCUCCCAAGCCACCUCUCUCGGAGCCAUCCGAGUGUCGGAAACCACCUUCCAAUACGCCGUCGCUCCCCCUCCCGGAAUCAAGGUCCACAGCACCGUUCUCACAGACGCUGAGGCCGCUCGAGGCGUCCUCCGCCUCGCAGAUGAUGAGCGCCUCCUCGUCGAGCUUGCUUGCGGUGUCUGUGUCGAGGCGGCCGUCGGCGAUGCUUACACUGCUGCUGCUGAAGCCGCCGCCACCACCGCCGCUUCGGCGAGCCCCGUGGCUGGGGGCCAAAGCUCUAAGAAGCGCAAGAGGGGUCCUGGUCCUGCCGGUGAGCAGCGUGAUGAAGGUUACGGGGAUGACCGAUACUCAUCGACGGAUAACGAGACUGACCCGGAGGCGGAGGCGGAGGUCUCCCAGCUCACCUCGUCGACCCCCGAAAUUCAGUCCAAGUUGAAGCAACUUGUGCCUGACCUGAAUGAACAAAGCCGUGUUGUUAUUGUUGUUUGUGGUGGAAGUAAUGUGACCAUCGGGAUGGCAACCGAAUACCGCGAUAUGUUGGCUCAAGGAUGGGUUUAA